UUUUUCUCUUUCUUUCUUUCUUUUCUUCACUGCAUAUACAUUACUAGCCAACAUGUCUUUGGUCGAUAAAAUCAAGGAAAUCGAAAACGAAAUGGCCAAAACCCAAAAGAAUAAGGCCACGUCUUAUCACUUGGGUCAGUUGAAGGCAAAACUCGCUAAACUUAAGCGUGAUUUGCUUACACCCAGUAGUGGUGGCGGUGGCGGUGGCGUUGGUUUCGACGUUGCAAAGACAGGUGUUGCCCGUAUUGGUUUUGUUGGGUUUCCUUCUGUGGGUAAAUCCACAUUGAUGUCCAAAUUGACAGGUACUGCAUCUGAAGUAGGUGCUUAUGAAUUCACAACACUUACUACUGUUCCUGGUAUCAUUCAGUACAAGGGUGCUAAACUUCAAAUUCUUGAUCUUCCUGGUAUUAUUGAAGGUGCCAAGGAUGGUAAGGGUAGAGGUCGUCAAGUUAUUGCAGUCGCACGUACAUGUUCGCUUAUUUUCAUUGUGCUUGAUGUACUUAAGCCUAUGACCCACAAGCGAAUCAUCGAAAAGGAAUUAGAAGGUUUUGGUAUUCGAUUAAACAAGAGACCUCCUGCUAUUAUUUUCAAAAAGAAAGAAAAGGGUGGUAUCAACAUGACCAACACGGUGCCUCUGACCAACAUUACAUUUGAUGAAGUGAAGGCUGUCUUGAGUGAAUAUCGUAUUCACAAUGCCGACAUUUCAUUCAAAGAAGACUGUACGAUUGAUGAUUUAAUUGAUGUGGUUGAAGGCAACCGUAUCUAUAUUCCCGCUGUCUAUGUUCUCAACAAGAUUGAUCAAAUCUCCAUUGAAGAAUUAGAUCUUAUUUACAAGAUUCCAAAUGCUGUUCCUAUCUCUUCUAACCACGAAUGGAAUUUUGACGAACUAUUGGAAUUCAUGUGGGAGAAAUUGAGUCUUGUUCGAAUUUACACGAAACCCAAGGGCAGACUACCAGACUAUGAGCAACCUGUUGUGAUGACAAAUGAAAAGUGUACUGUUGAAGACUUCUGUAACAGUAUUCACAAGUCUAUUAUGGAUCAAUUCAAAUGUGCUUAUGUCUGGGGUUCUUCAGUGAAGCAUAAUCCCCAAAAAGUUGGUAAAGAACACGUACUUAAUGAUGAAGAUGUUGUCCAAAUUGUUAAAAAAAUCUAGAUAAAUAAAACUUAAAUACUGUCACCAUAGACAUCUGCAUAUUUGCCAAGUGCCCAAAUAGUAAAAGCAAAUUUGUAAUUGGGAUAAGAAAUCAUACAGUUCUUGUUAAAGACACCUUCAAUGCCUUCUUGUAACCAUUCACCAUUGGCUUGUUGACGCUUCAUAAUAAGUUCAAUACCACGACGAAUGGGUUCUUUGUGAGGAUACUUGGCUUCUAAGAGAGCCAUGACAGCAAAAGCAGUAUUUACCACUUGAGAUUUCUCAUGAUGACAAUAGGUGUGUGUCUCACACGACUUGUAAGUCUCACCCCAACCUCCGUCUUGUUCUUGAUGUUGAAUCAAAAAGUCACAGCCACGCUUAGCAUGAUCUGAUGUCUC